AUGGCACUGCGUCGCUGGCGCCACCCGGCUUUUCUGGUGACAGGGGUGCCUAUGGGCCCCGUCCUGUCCCGGAAAGUGAUCACCACAGACGCGAGCAUGUCGGGCUGGGGUGGUAUAUGCGAGGACCGUUACGUGAGGGGCGUCUGGAGCGAGGAUCUCCAGCGCGCUCACAUAAACUACCUCGAGCUCUUGGCGGUGUUUCUCACGCUGAGACGCUUUCUCCCGCUUCUCAGGGGACAUCAUGUCCUGGUGAGAACGGACAAUACGACGACGGUGGCAUAUAUCAACCGUCACGGAGGUCUGCGCUCCCGGCAAUUACACAUGCUGGCACGCAGACUGAUCCUGUGGAGCAGCGUCCGCCUCCGGUCUCUGAGAGCCACCCAUGUCCCGGGGGCUCUGAACCGGGGGGCGGACCUGUUGUCCAGGGGUGCGCCGCUCUACGGGGAAUGGAUGUUACAUCCAGCCCUCGUGGAGCAGGUGUGGGCCCGCUUUGGCAGAGCCGCUGUGGAUCUGUGCGCCGCUCGGCGUGGACGCGCUCGCGCACGUCUGGCCGUCGGUCCUCCUGUAUGCUUUUCCCCCGUUGGCUUUGAUUCCCCCGACUCUGGACAGAGUCAGGGAGCAUCGCCACACGCUGGUUCUGAUAGCUCCGCAGUGGCCGGCCAUGCACUGGCUAGCGGAGGUUUAUCAGCUCCUGUCGGGGCAGCCAUGGCAGCUUCCCCUCCGCAGGGACAUGCUGUCACAGGCAGGGGGAGCAGUUUUUCACCCACAUCCGGAGCGCCUGGCUCUUUGGGCCUGGCCCCUGAGUGGUGUAAUUUAAAUACUGCUGGACUCCCUCAGAAUGUGAUUGACACUAUUCAGAGUGCUAGAGCAGCCUCCACUAGGUCUCUUUAUGACUGUAAGUGGAGGGUGUUUGAGGAGUGGUGUCAGAAAAAAGGACACAUCUCCUUUCAGUGCACUGUUGGUGUUAUUUUGCCAUUCUUGCAGGACUUGAUUGACAAACGUAAAGCCUUCUCCACAAUAAAGGUGUAUCUGGCUGCAAUUGCCGCGUGUCAUGUGGGGUUUGGUGGAAAAACGGUCAGCCAGCAUCCUUUGGUCUGCCGUUUCAUGAAAGGGGCACGCAGGCUGCUUCCUGUUUGCAGGCCGCUGGCGCCCCCAUGGGACUUGGCGGUGGUUUUAAAUGGGCUCUCCAGAGCUCCGUUUGAACCACUGGAGGAGGUGAGCUUGAAGCAUCUGUCUCUGAAGACAGCGCUGCUUCUAGCUUUGGCCUCUGCCAAGCGUGUUAGUGACAUUCAUGCACUCUCAGUGCACUCCUCGUGCACUCAGUUUGCCCCUGGGAAUGCCAGGGUGUCACUGAAACCCCACCUGGCCUUCGUGCCCAAGGUGGUGGGCUCAUGCUCUCCUAUUGUUCUUACAGCAUUUUCUCCACCGCCAUUUUCUUCUCCGGAAGAACGGCGGCUGCACAUGCUGUGUCCAGUCCGUGCCUUGCGGAUUUAUAUGGACAGGACAAUGGGGUUUCGGGAAGGUGACCAGCUCUUUGUGUCCUGGGCUCGCCCCUGCAGGGGCAGACCCAUCACGAAGCAGCGACUCUCCCACUGGAUUGUGGGAGCGAUCGCCCUGGCCUACACGUGUCAAGGUCUUCAGGCCCCUGUGGGCCUGCGGGCCCAUUCUACACGUGGCCUGGCUGCAUCCUGGGCCCUGUGUAAAGGGGUGUCAAUUCAGGAGAUUUGUGCAGCAGCGAGCUGGUCUUCACCACUCACCUUCGUCCGCUUUUAUAAGCUGGACAUCCCUGCUCUGAGCCUGGCUCAUGCAGUACUGACUGCGGGGCUCUCUUAGGGCAGGGGGGAGGGCCUUUCCUGAGAGCUGGUGGUCAAUCGAGAUAAGCAUGUCUGGCAAUACGGGAGUUUCCAUAUCCCAUAGUGAGACAUCGAAACGAAUGCUAUGAAAGAGAACUUUAGGUUACUUAACGUAACCCCGGUUCUCAGAGUAGCAUGAGUGAGAUGUCUCACCAGACAGCCCUUCUUGCUGGGCGAAGCGAGAAGAGGUGCUUAUUUUGAGUGACGCUGCGUAGAUAACGCAGGCUACUUAAAGGGUAGGUGGCU